AUGCCUCCUCUAAAACGCAACGACGAUGUCAUCCAAACACUCUCUGCUCCACUGUCGGAACGAGCCAUCAAUACCGACUCUAAUACUGCCGAUAGCUCCAAAUUCGAAGUUCCUAAGGCAUUCGAUACUGGCUUCUCAAAUAAUUUCACCAACUCAUGCGCAAAUUUCCUCAAUCGCCUACGCCAAAGUACAGACUUUAACAACUGCCACCCUUUCUCCUUAUUGAUACAAACAUCAAGCGGUUUUUUUGAUGCCUCCAAGUCUACACUCCGUAUUACACAAACCCUCGAUGCGACCUGCGCAGUAAACGCAGCGCAAUGCAAACCAAUCCUGGACAAUUUCGCGAUAGAACUGCUAUCAGAGACGGCAUGCAAGUCCGACUAUGAAACCGAUAAUCCCUUGGUACUGCAAGCUUACAACGGCCUCGUCGCAUACCAGCCAUCGUACCAGGCAAGCUGCUUGCAUGAUGACCAAGGAAACUAUUGCUUCGCAAAUGCCGUUAGCAACACGUCAUCACCAGGAGAUUCAUACCCAUAUUACCUACCUAUUGGCCAGGAACUUCCCGGCGGAUCACGACCAACUUGCAACUCGUGCCUACAACAAGCAAUGAGCGUAUUUUCCUAUUACGGCAACAACGCUACGCAACCUCUUUCGAAAACCUACACCUCAGCCGCCCAGCAGAUUUCAAUAGCAUGCGGCUCGACAUUCGUUAACGUCACGGCCGCCCCUCUUAAAGCUGCUGCACCAACCACGAGCGUCACAAUCACACCUACGAUAACCUUGAUCUUAAUGUUUGUACUCUAUUUCUUCCAGUGA